AUGAACGACAUCGAUGCUACGAAUCGUCACACCGUGACAGAAGAAGCCCCGCCUCCGUCUCUUCUCGCCAUCGUGCUCGACACCAACCCGCAUGCCUGGGCGCACCUCUCUUCUUCGCUCUCGCUCUCGGCCGCUCUUGCCAACAUCCUCGUCUUCAUCAAUGCACACUUAGCCUCCGGAAACGCGAACGAGGUUGCUGUCAUAGCGUCCCACUCGCACAAGACUGCAUUCCUGUAUCCAACGCCAGCCAAAUCUCAGCCCAAGUCGCGUAAUGGCACCAACAAUGGGGACGUGGAGAUGGAUGAGGCUGGCGAUGGCAGCGGGCAUUAUGCAGCAAAUAACCCGAACAAGUACCGACCCUUCGCCCUGGUUGAGAAUGCAAUACUGCAAAACUUUGCGAAGCUGCUUGACGAGACGACUGAGAGCCACCUCUCAGCGACGCCCACAACCCUCAUCGGUGGCGCGCUCUCUCUGGCUCUGACCUACAUCUCAAAGUCCACCAUCCUACAUGCUCCUACUGCUGCUUCUGCAGAGAACACCUCCCUUGCUGCACUCGCCGAUUCAGAAGGCACACGCGUCGAUCGCAUAUCCCUCACAUCUCGGAUUCUGAUAGUUUCGGUAUCCGGCGAUUUGGCGAAUCAAUACAUACCCGUCAUGAACUCUAUCUUUGCCGCACAACGGAGAAGAAUACCGAUAGAUAUAUUGAAGCUGGCAGGGGAUACUGUGCUAUUGCAGCAAGCGAGCGAUGCGACAGGAGGCGUUUACAUGAAGCCAGAUCGUCCGGAGGGGCUCCUACAGUACCUGAUGAUGGCGUUUUUGCCAGACGUGACAGCACGGAAGAGCUUGGUAAUCCCCAGUGCAGGUGGUGUCGAUUUUCGUGCUGCCUGUUUCUGCCAUAGGAAAGUAGUCGAUAUCGGCUUUGUGUGCAGUGUGUGUUUGAGCAUAUUCUGCACUGCGAACCUACCCGAUAAUCUGUGUCUAACUUGUGGCUCGUAUCUCUCACUUCGCAGCGCUCUGACCAAUCCGCCAGCUCUGAUUCCGCGCAAGAAGAAAAAGAAGAGGAAGGCAGGAACCGACUCUGCGACUCCUGGUGGGGGUACACCUGCUGGUUCUAAUACACCUGUUCAUCCUUGA